CUGAGGGAAAAAACGACAUUUUAGUAAUAUUACUAUUGGUGAUCUCUUUUAAGUAAGAAAUACACGUAAGUAUCUGCGUAAAGGUUCCAGUCAUAUGACUGAAGGGGUAAAGGUCAACCCUGUUGAAGAGAAACAUGGCGGCUCCCAUUGACAGGAUGGGACUGCUGUUAGUGAUCCUGUUGCCUGUCCUUUUUAGCAUCUCUCACGCUGUGGAUCGCAGUAACUUCAAAACAUGUGAUAAAAGUGCCUUCUGCAAGCGUCAGAGAGAUGUGAAGCCUGGACAGUCUCCGUAUAGAGCCCUGCUGGAGACAUUGGAGCUCAGUAAUACUCGCCUUACACUGCAGCUAAUCAAUGACAACAACAAGGUGCGAUUACUGCUGGAGCUCUACAGGCUGCAGGGGAACAUGACACGGGUCAAAAUUAAUGAACUCAAACCGCUCAAGCCGCGAUAUGAGGUGCCGGAUGUUCUUGUCAAAGACCCUCCUACUGAACCGCUCUCGGUGCUGGAUCGAGAUGAGAAUGGCGUGGUCCUCUCCCUCGGGGCGGACUCCCAGCGACUCAUCAUCAGCGCCCGUCCCUUCCGUCUCGAUAUCGUGGACGGGCCGAACGUCCUGCUGUCCAUCAACUCCCGAGGCCUGCUGGUGUUCGAGCAGCUCCGCCUGCGCAAGGACACUAUCUCUCAUAAAAUAACUAGCACAGUCGGUAGCAUGUGGGAUAAGAUCAAGAACGUGUUCUCUAGUAAAAGUGAGACAGACUCUGAAGGAGGUGAAGAUGUGGAACAGAAUGUAGCUGAGAAGGGUGAGGAGGAGGAGGAGGCGAAGGAGGAGGAAGAUCAGCCAGGCAUGUGGGAAGAGACCUUCAAAUCUCACAGUGACGGCAAGCCCAAUGGCCCAACCUCCAUCAGUUUAGACUUCUCUUUUCCCGGAGUUGAACAUGUCUACGGCAUUCCAGAACAUGCAGACACCCUCAAACUUAAAUCAACAGAAGGAGGGGACCCGUACCGGCUGUACAAUCUGGACGUGUUCCAGUACGAGCUCAACAACCCCAUGGCUCUGUACGGCGCCGUGCCCGUGCUCCUCUCGCACACCUCAGACUUUGCUUUGAAGUUCAACAACACAGCACACAGUGUUCAUCCAAAUGACUGCUUUUAUGGAGGGUUGACAACAGAAUGUGGCCAGAAGCACUCAACUGCACAACUGCACAGCUUUAAAACGGAGUCCCCUGAUUUAGGACAACUCUCGGGAGCCAUAUUACCACUGUAA